AUGGCUGGCCCCAAAGACAUGGCGGCGACGCAGUUCGCGAACUUUCGCCGUGAAUUCUUCAAUGACGAGGCCUGCCUGGAAGUGGUGCGCUUUGUCUCGGGUGGCGCGGGGCAACGCCUCCUCUCUAAGCUCAAAAGCAAUGCGCAUCGCGCGGAUGUCUUCCGCCAUGUAGAGCACUGGCUACGUGGAGGUUUUUACCUCGACAUCAAGACGGCAUUCUUGAUCACGCCGCUUGAGCUUCACUCUUCCAUCGUGGCAGAGUGGAAGCAGCAGCCGCUCCUCACAGAGCUGGCUUCCAAAGCCUAUGGGUGGGAUGCUGAUGCGUUGCGGGUCAAUGGCCCGCCUGACUACUUCCUCACGGCUAUCGGUCACAAAAAGGACCAUAUCUUCCAGGGCAUUCUUCUGGGACGUCAUCAGCAUCCUCUCCUCACGGCGGCUUUGCGCCAUGCGUUCCAGCACAAAUUUGUGGACGCGCAGGGUACUAUCAAUGAGACCUACCUCUUCUUCUGCAUUGCACUCUUUGACAUUAUACGUCAGGAUCUACUCAAUGACCAGGCUCUGCAUCCGGGCAUACAAGGCCGAAGCUUGGCCCCUGGCUGGCAUCUCACCCAAACUAUGGGCCCCAUCUAUUUGCUGCAGGAGGUCCUGGAGAAGGCUUUGAAGCACAUACAGGGUGCUCCUCCCAAUGAGGGUCAUGGCUUCCGCACAGCUACCAAUCGGCUUGUCGCACUGACAAGAUGCUGGGGUUGGAACAAAGGCUGGAAGGCGGACCCGGCUUCUACCAGAGCCAACAAUGAUGCCAUGCUUCGCGGACUUCCAGCUGCUCUUCAUGAAGCUCAGGAAGCGGGCAACGCCAAAGAUCAGCGAGGCAACGCCUCCCCGGCCCGGGUGCCCACCGACACAACCAUCCAGGCGCAUGUCCUUGAGGCCCUCGAAACCAAUCUCCUUGAAAAGAUCGAGCAGCUCAUUGACGCGUGGCCCCAGUACUACGGCGAGCUCUCCAAACAACAGGUACAGGAGCUCAUCCCGAGGGGCUUGAGCAUUGGCACCUCAGAACAUGGUGACACCCUGUGCUGUGCCUUCUGUCGGAGCAGGUCAGGCGGAUCUACCAUGUUCCACACCUCCAAUGGUCUGCUGAUGCACUUCAUGAAAACUCGUGGCGGAGGCGCAACAUGGCAUCAUGCGGGGCAGGAAGCGUAUAACAGAGCAGCGGAUCAGCGCUCCGGCUCGGCGGCGUCCUCCUCUUCGAUCCCGGGCGGCCAGAGGCCCAAUGAGCCUGCCUCCCCUCCGCCCAAUGCGGCACCGCGGCCAGCCAUCCUGGAUGCACCACAUCGCCCGGAAGCUCCUCCUCCGGAGCCAGAAGAGUCCACUCCCACUAUGGAAGAACUUUGGGUGGUGGCUGUGGCGGAUCUCCAGUCCUUGACGGCUCCGGAAGUGGUGGGAGUCCUCCAGCCUCAGGAGUUCACAGCGAUAUGGAACGCGCGUCUCCAAGCGCUGGCGAAGUUACCCAGGGUUCUCUCCGGCCUUCGCACGGUCUACCAGCGAUCUGAUGAUGGCAGCAGGGACCUUAGCUGGCGCUCCGUGAUCACAGGCAAACUUGUCGUCCAUCGCUCGGGCCACCUGACGAUGGUCACAGUGGACAGGUCUGGCAACGAGUGUGUUCAUCCCAAGCUCACAACCUGGCUUGGUGGUCUUCAGGCCAUCAUCAAGAAUGGUGUCCCCUAUGCCCUAUUCGAAGGAAAGCACGUGGCCACCCAGGAUGACUUUCGCCUCUUUGCCACUACUUUGCAGACCAUCUACGAGGCGGCGACGAAGAAGGCACAUCAACCUUCUCAUGUGAACAUACUUCAGGCCACCAGCGAUCGACACCCUACCAUCAAGAUUACCCACGGUCAGGCCCUGGAUAGCAAGGUGUCUGUAAUCCAGCGAGCCACAGGACAACAACUCCGCAGCCGCCGGGAUAGGCAGGCUGAACACAGAGAGAACAAGGAGUACCGACGCUCUGACCCCUAUGCCCUAUGGGCAACGUCCUGCGUCCCUGCAUCGCGCGCUGCCUUACGGCUGGCUGGCCUGGUUCUUAUGCCUAUGGACAUCCGAACUUCCUCUAGCGGCAUGCUCCAGACCCGGGACUUUCCGCCGGACUUGUACGUCGUGGCACUCGAGGAAUACCUCUUGCUACAGGCCAUGCAAGCGCUGGCUGCUCGGCCGCCGCUUCGGUCAAUCCCGGCAGAGGCGGGGAUGCUCUCUUACAAUGACCUACUACAUCUGGCCUCGCAGAUCUUCUGUCAAGAACGGAUGCAGGAGUUGUUACGCUACACGGCCUGCCUACAGCCAUGCCUUCUCCGCAGUCUUGACACGCACAUGCCCUUCCCCUACAGGGAGCUGGACGAGCAGGCCCCACGUGCUGAGGUCCUAGCCUGGCAUCUACUACAGGAUGCUCAAUCACCGCUCUGGUGUGCGGUGCGUACAGCUGUCCGUGCCCUCGCAUGGCGCCCUGGCCGCCAGCACUUUUCCGAUGGCAACGCCAAUAAUGUCACCUUUGGUGCCUUUGCUCGCGGGCCUCAUGUCGGUCUCUGCGCUCACACGGUUCGGCAUGGCUCUUUCUGUCGCUUGCUCAAUCGAUUGAUCGAGCACAUUUGCCCGGACCAUAUAUGGAGCACUUUCUCCUUGAACUACAACGUUCGCACGCCUCCACAUCGUGACCAGACCAACUCCAAGACGGGCACGUUGCUGCUCAGCCUCUCUCACCAUGACGAGGGAUCUGUUUGGGUGGAAUCCUACCAUGGCACUGAUUAUGAAGAAACUCAGUUUGGUCUAUUGAGAGGACGCCCCUUUGGCCUCGCCUUUCAGGCGCUCAUUUUCCCGGCUCACAACCAUGUUCAUUGUACAAGAGGUUGGAGUCUAACAGAUCGCGUCACCCUAGCGGCUUACUGUAUUUCUAACCGUGGUCGUGUGUCGGGUGAGCUUAAGGCCACUCUGAGUGAUCUUGGCUUUCAUCUUCAGUAG